AUGGGUAAGCUUCCUUCCAUGCUGAGCUUGGUUUGCUCGCUCCUUUGCAUGAAUAUCAUCAACCGAUCAUCCUUCGCUCGAAGCCUUGGCAAUUCAAGUCCUGGCCAACACCACCACCACAACCACCACAAGAAAAUAACUUUCCUAAUGCAAAAUGUGCUGAAUGUGACACACCCCUUACCAAAGCCUGCAACAACUAAAGUUACUAGCCAGAUACCAUUUCCAAAACCUCUAGGCUAUUUUCCUCCGAGUGGAGGCAUCCCUUUACAACAACCCAACGCAGCAGUUUCCGGUACUGGGUUGUCAACACAAACAAUUGACGUUUCUAACAUUGGCCUAUCAUUUCCGGAUAGAGCUACCUUGCAAGAGUUGGAAUUUGGAAGUGUAACAGAAAUUGGCGAGGACUUAUUUGUUUAUGGUUCAUUAGUGGUUGGAAAAGCACAAGGGUUGUACGUUGCUAGCUCAGAAGAUGGAACUAGCCACAUGAUGGCAAUGACAGUAAAGUUUGUGAAGAAUAAGUACAAGGAUGGGUUGAGAUUUUUUGGUGUGCAUAAGACAGACGUGCCUGAGUCUCAUAUUGCAGUCAUUGGUGGCACUGGGAAGUAUCAUAGUGCCAAUGGCUAUGCUGUGAUCAACGCGGUUGGUGUUGGUUCUAAGAGUACUGCAGGGGAAGAAAACAGAACAAAAGGAAAUCUUCUAUUCAAUGUUUAUCUAAGCUAG